AUUCACAUAAUUCUUAAGACAUCACAAUUGACACUAACAUUCAUAAUUACAUUAAAAUUAGUGUAAUUUGAUUUUUCAUAUCGUUGACUACAGUGGGUAUUCAUUUUACUCUUAGAAGAUAUACUAAUCUGUUCCUUAAAAUCAAAUCACUUUGCCAUUUUAGUACAUAGUAAGGGGUCUUGUCCAAAUGUCAAAGCGAGGCAAGGACUCGUGGAGCAUUGUGGGUAAUAUUUAGUUGCCAAAACAAUCCAAAAUGGCUGACUGAGGAAGAAUAUUUUGAUUUUAUGAAAGCAAGGACAACGAUAUAAGCAAUGCCGGGAGCUCUGCUCAGGAGGCCGCUCCCGCCCAAGGAGCGGCAACAGCCAUCGGUUCCCAUGAUCUCCCCCAGCCCCAGCCCUGACAUCUACCGUGUGCACACCCCUCCCCACCCCCUGCGCCUGUCCCCCGUCCCCAGCCUGCCCAGCGUCGUCCCCAGCCUCGCCUCCGGGAUGCACCUGUCGCAGCUGGAGGCCCCGCGGGAUGGCCUCCAGUCCCCCGUCCCCACCAUCGACAGCAAGUUCAUGGUCGCACAGAAAGCUGAGAAGCAGCGCAGCGACACCGCGGGCUUCUUCCUCAAACAGAACCUCCUCCUGCCGUACAAGCCUCGCGGACCGGACUUCUUCCCCCACAGGGAGCCAAAAAGACCCCCUCCCGUGUCGCUGAAAGAUCUAUUCCGUGAGGAAAACUUCAUGGAUAAGAAAGAGCCAGAUUUCACCUUAGAUGACUUCCACAUUGACAUGUCUCAAGUGCCAACAAUGCCCAGGAGAGAGCUGCAGAGAGCAAUCUUGUCCAAACAGAACUAUAAGAAGAUGAUUAAGAUGUUGAGUGAGGAGUUUUCACCCAGACAGGAGGAAGUCAGGACGACAGAGGUCCGUGGAGAAGAUGUUGGGGUGCCGGAAUUCAAACACAGGAUUCCACAGAGACAGCUCAUGAUCGAAAUGGCUGCCAUCAUUGGUGACUCCAUGAAGCUGCUGAGAGCCACCAUGGAGAGUGAAGAUGAGGAGGAAGAGUUGGAAACACGGGUCAGCUCAGGACCUCUGCUCCACCAGAAAACUCACAGUCGUGGGAUUUUCCUCACCGCACCCCCCACAGCAGCACCCCCAUCCACACCCUCCACCGCACCAAAGCAGCUCUCCAGAUACCCCAGCACGGUCUUACAACCGCCGUCAGUGACCCCCAGUCCCAGCGAGCCUCCCGGAACGGCCGAGCUCAUGUUGUAUCACCCGGACACUCCAAGCACGGCGCUCCCGACGUCCGCCGGCAGUAUGGACCUCCCGUUGUCUGCGCCACCCACAGCGGAGUCUACAGACUAUCUAACCCCCUUCACCAACACUCAGGCAUCCAUGCCAUACCUGACCUCACCACCUACUGCAGCACUUGUUGCACAGAGGGCUCUGUACUCAAGAAUGCCAAGCACAGCCCCUGUUAGACCCCCUGACACAGGCAAACCAGUCCCCAUGCCAUCAACAGCUCCCGGCUUGCUAUCCUCCUCAAAUCAGGAGAGAAAGGACCCUGCAAGGGGGUUAUCACUAGAGGGGUACCCAACGUUACCCCCCAUAGCAAGCGAGAGGGCAAGUAUACCGCCAACAGAAAUGUCCAUGCCUAUGUCGACCACAUUUGAGGAGGAGACAGUGACAACAGAAACAGUUGAGGAAAAAAUCCCACCAAAAAUAUCCGAGGAGCCCAGCAAAAGGGGCACGGCAACAGGAACAGCUAAGGGAGGUACUCCCAAGACGCCGGGACGACUCUCAAGGAGAGAGAAGGAGGUUCUAGAAGCAGUGAGGCAGCAGUUGGUAUCUGAGUACCCGGAGGCUGAUGCUCUGUUCAACACAGUCACAAACAAGUACUUCAUGGGGAGCCGUAGGAGUGGGUCACCUUUUGAGGCACAAGGAGACGAUGACACCAUCUCUCCCACUGAGCUGGCAGUGUUGGAUGCUAUCGUCAAUGGAGGACAUGUUCUUAGUAUCAAGGCCCACUUUGUGAACCAACUCCCAGACAUUGCACCCAUCACCAACACCCUGGUCUACCUCAACUUGUCCUUCAACGACUUCCAUUCUUUCCCUUCGGCAGUGUUACUUCUGAAGAAUCUUGAGAUACUGAAGAUGAGAAAUAACCCCAUCAAUGAGAUCCCACAAGGUAUCUACAAGUUGAGGAAGCUGCGAACGUUUGUCCUGUCCUACUGUAUGGUGACGAGCCUCCCUCUCAGUUUCUACACCCUGACAGACCUCCAGUAUGUGGACCUUUCUUACAACAGGAUCUCCUUCUUACCAAAUGAUGUCAGGAGACUGCAGAAAUUGUAUGACCUGAACUUGGAGGGGAACCAGUUGGCGGCCAUGCCAUGUGGCGCCCUGAAACUACGUCGUCUCAAACAUCUCAAGGUCAAGAACAACUUCAUGCACCCUCUACUGUGGAAGGAAAAUGCUGAGAAGAUGCCACAGCGUUUGAUUGACAUGUGCUCGGUGGUGCUCAUGAAGGAUGACCUGUACCGUAGAUAUCGCAACCUUCCCGUCACCGCGCAAAGCAUCCUGGACAGUACUGACGGAGUUUGCGACUGUUGCCAUGGUCCCCUGUAUGGCCCAGGCAUCCGGCUCAUCAGGCCAUGCUCCAAGAUCUUCGGCAUCAAGAAACUGCCCUUCUUAUUUGUGGCCUGCUCCCCUCAUUGUCACAACAGCUUCAUGACCAGUACAGCAUCCAUCUCAAAACUACUGUAUGAAGAUGACUGAUCGCUAGUGAUGGCAAAGGUGUAAUGUUAGUUCACCUUUGUCCAUGGGGUAACCUAUAUCUGUUGUAUUUUGGAAAUGGUUAUGUAGGAAUAUCAAGUCGAUACACUGUGGUUUCAAACCACAGUAUUUUAAAAAAAUUGCUAACAAAUUGGAAACACUGUAAGUGUGGUUUCAAACCACAGUAUUUAAAAAAAAUUGCUAACAAAUUGGAAACACUGUAAGUCAACUUGAUAUCCCUGAAUAACCUGUUUUGAAAUGCAGCGGAUAUAGGUUACUUCACGGAUAAAUGUGAACUAGCGAAAAAUCAUCUUUCUGAUAUACAGACCUUCUUUCUUACUAUCGACCACUUCUUUUAUAUCAAAAGGCUUUUUCAGCAUGGAGGUUAAAGAACAUAUCAUUAAAGAAUUAUUCUACCAUGUAUUAGACAUAUCAUAUUCACAGACCUGAAGUAACACAACAGUUUUGUUGCAACCUAAUAUUUCCAUAAGUAUCUGACUGCUUUAAUAUAGUUUAUCACUUGAAUGUAAUGAUGAACAUUUAGUAGUAGUUAGCAUUAUUCCAUGGCAAGAAAAGAUACAUGUCUGCAGGACGAAUGUACAUAAAAUCAUACUUGUUGUAUUAAUGUCAUUGUUAAGUAUUUGAUAAUAUAGUAUUUUUCUAUGGAAAGUUGUGUGUGAGCAAUGUCCUUUGUAGUUUUGUACUUCAAAUUUUGUCCUCUUUGAAGAAAAUUCUAAAAUGCUGCAAUUCUAAUAAUAACAAAAUGCUGCAGUGUUUGUAAAUAUUUGAUGUAUAGAGACCUUUUUUAUACAAAUGUACUAGAUGUUACCUCAAAAUACUUUAAUGAAAAAGUUGAUGUUACAUAUCAAAUUUAAUUCCACAUAUCAUAAUUCUCAUAUCAAUAUGCUAGGAAUAAGAUACAGAUAAAAAGGAAUGAUAAUUGUACAAAUGUAUAAUUUGUUUCUGCUGCUACAUUUACAGUGUUGAUUUGAGACAUAUCAAAUAUUUCAUAGACUUGUUUAUGGCAAGAUGGCUAAGAACAUGAGUAGGAAUAAAAAAAAUAAGAUGAGUA